AUGGAGAACUGGAAUUUGGCUUCUCUCCCUAAUUCCAUCAUUCAUCAGAUUCUCUCCAAGGUAGCAAAAAACAGUAUUCGUGACUUCGGUAGUGCAAGAGUUGCUUUUCUUGGGUUUAAAGAAAUUGGCCGUGAAGAUUACUUUUACAGAUCUGCAAAUCUCACUUUCAUGAAUGAAUGGAUAAAAGAGGUUAAUGCUCUUACAACAUUAAGGCUUAGGUGCUACCAUUUCGGUAAUCCAGAGGCCAUCUACUUGCGAGGUAUGUAUGAGUUCUUCAUGCUCCAUUUAGUUCAUGAAGGAAGGGAAAAAAUACGUCUUGCUGGUGAAAGAGAAUGCUUGCUGGAAAAAUAUGUUGAUGGUAUGAUGAACUUAGCAUUUAGCGUCGAUGAUAGAGGAUUGGUUCACAACUAUCCUAAUUUUACACGUGAACAUGUUAAUCGGAUGUCUCACAUUAUCACUGCUCCCGAACUCUCAGGCCAUUGGGAUUACGAUAAACCUGGGAUGUUUUUGUCUGUAUUCGAAAGAAUAGAUGCCAACGUCUCGUACGCUGCUGGUGCUCUAGAAUAG